AGCAACUAAACAACCCAAAUAAAAUUUAAAUGCUUGAAUUGUUGGGUUAGAUAGGUACCUGAGUUGUACAAUCCCGCUCGUACCUAUCGUUACCCAAGGUACCUAGGUACCUACUAUUUUUAGUUAGUGCAUAUGCUACCCGAAAGCUUGCCGGGGCCCGGAAUCCCUGCCACUGGUCCCAGUCCGUUUAAACCGUCUCCGAUUCUCUCAGCUUCAGCCUCAACGCCAAUACUUUCUUCAUCUUUUUUUUCCUUAUUCCAGACACAACGAAUAUAGCUUGGAAUGCGCUUUGGUUUGUUCCAGUUAUGCAUAUAUGCAAAAGCUUAAUAAGCCAGUAUUAGCGUCUAGGUGAUAUGUCCGCGGAUCUCUUUGCUGCCUUCGAGGAUGCCUCGGACCGUUCCUCAAAAGGGCAACAGCAGAAGACCUCCGUUCAGGCUUCCUCAUUCGCGUCAGAUCCAUUUUCCUUCGGGCUUGGAAAUGUGACGAAUUCUAGCUAUAAUACGCGACAAAAUGCAAGCUCCAUAUCUCAACAAUGGAGCAACGGAUCAACACAAUGGGGCCGCCAGCUGCAAAACACUCAACGGCCCUCAGGUCCGAAUACUUGGUUAAACGCACCGUUGCAAUCCAGCCAGUCGAACACCAAGAUAGAAGAAGAUGAUGACGAAGAUGGUUGGGGUGACUUUGAAGUUGCAGAGAAUUCGAAUCAGCCGCCUGCCCCCUCGGUGGCGUCGACUUCUCUGUCGGGCGCAACAACUAAGGAACCACAAAACCCAGCAUUACUGCGAACAAGAGUUGUGCGAGCAUCAACAAUGGACCUUAUAACUAAUAAUUUACUCGAUCUUAGCAAUUUGUCCAUAUCGCAGGGCAAAACAGCCCAGUCCUCGUCAGCGCAAGCGGCAGCUAAGCGAGUCGAGUUGCCAACACCCAAAACUGUUUCUUUGGGGACACAGAAAAAGGUCACCAAUCCGAAUCCAAAUGUCUUAUUCGAUGCCGAUGACUUCGGUGGAGAGCAGCAUGAAGGAGAAAAUGACGAGGACUUUGGAGAGUUUGAGACGGUUGUCUCUCCUGCGCAAGAGGUGCCGGACCUCUUAUCGAUGGAUUCCUCUACGACUCCAAAAACUAAUACUAAGCCACGAGCUGCUAAUAUGCUUUCGCCGUUGAACUUGACCAACCCAGUUUCUUAUCCACAGGCACCUCGAUCUCCAUCAUUCCAAGAAAGAAACCCCUUUCCUGGACUUGCUGUUGCUACACCGACAAUAGACAAGCAUUUCACAAACGACCCAAAAACGUCGCCGGUGACUGCGUGGCCAUCCCUUAACGCUCAGAAAUCUGCAGGGAGCGAGGGGUUUGGCGACGAUUGGGGCGCAUUCGAUGACUUCCCCGACGAGGAAGCAAAGUCCAACACUAAGACCAAUUCAGACUGGGAUUGGGAUUCAAUAGAGUCGGCUCAGCUUAAACCACCCACAACUCACGCACCGCCGCCGACAGCACCUAAGCCUCAAAAUUCAUCUUGGGACUGGGAUCCUAUCGAUAUCAAGACCGAGCAGCAGACUACUGAGCCGAAUAAUGACCUACCACCAACUAAUGUACCUCCUCCGUCAGUGUUGUUGUCAUUAUUCCCGGAACUACUCGCCCAGGCCAAUACGUCACUGUAUAAACCUAUCAGUGGACAACCUUUCUCUAUCAAAAACCGCAUUUUAUCAGACCCGAAGACAAUCGAGUUUCUCAAGGGCUACUUGGCUCUAGCCACGGUUUUAGCUCGUGUUAUCGCUGGUCGCAAGCUAAGAUGGCAUAGAGACAAGUUGCUCUCGCAGAAGAUGUCCAUAUCGGCUGCGGGGAGCAAAGGAAUGAAGCUCGCUGGUGUUGAUAAGGCACAGGCAGCGCGUGAAGACCGUGAGGCGGCUGAUGUCGUCGCUAACUGGAAGGAACAAAUAGGUCGUCUUCGGUCCGCAGUUGCGGCUGCUAAUUCGUCAAUCAAGAAUAAGACAGAGCAACUGAAGAUUCCUGAAAUCUCGGAAUCAAUGCACAUUCAGAACGAGAAGAUGGUACCGACUGCUCCUAAGGCGUGCGUUGUCUGUGGCCUGAAGCGUAAUGAAAGAAUCCCGAAAGUAGAUUACGAAGUCGAAGAUAGCUUCGGCGAAUGGUGGGUUGACCAUUGGGGGCAUCUGGCAUGCAAGAGAUUCUGGUUACAGCAUGAGAAUACCCUACGGCAAAGAUAAGUCUCAAGCUUCACCGGCUGUGGCCAGUCGUAUCGAGAUCCACACUACGAAUAAAUACCAAAGGCAGGCAAGCUCUUAUCUUCUUACCCAAUACCAUCCGUAUCAUUUUCGAUUACAAUAACCAAACGCCGGGUGCCUGCCUGUCUUCAUAGAUU